UCUCAGUUUCCUAUAAAAGCCCCGCAUUUGCUCUUCUGCUUUCAAAGUUCAGACACUAACCUCAGCUUUUACGAUACCUAAAACCCAACAAACAAGUUUUUAUUUUUUUAAUAUUUCUCGGAAUUUGGUUUCUUGGCCGGAGCUUAAGCAACCUUAAUUUCCUGGUACGUAAAGUGCAGUUCCAUUUUCAUGCUGUGCCUCCCGCUUCUUUCACGCCAUCUUUUCCACCCUGGAAAUUUUGCCAUUCAGACGACGUCGUUUUGCUUAGCAGAGUAAAAAUAUCUUCUUUCCUCUCUCUAAUCAUUUUCUUAAGUGAGAAAAUCCAUUUUUCCCUGAGCAAUAAUUGAGGUAUGGGCGGCGGACGCUGUCGGUGUCGUGUCGCCUCGUCAUCAUCAUCUAUAGGAAAAUGGGGUUGACCUGACCUCUGGGUUUGCUGGUGGUUUCUUAGUGGUUAAUGAAGAUAAAAGAGAGAGAGACAAUAGGGGUUAAUGUGUAAUUGCAUUAUAUUUUUCGUUGGUGGGUUUUCUCCUUGCUUCCUCUGUCCCCAUGCCCAGGUCUCCUCCCGCACGCCCCACACAGAAUUUCGAUUUACCCGAUUAAUUUGGGUAAAAGACUGAAACUUGAGGAAUCUAGAUAGAUUCUGAAGAACCUCAAGAUCAUGGGCAGUUGUUUCGAGCUAGGGAUGUCAAAUCCUUGCCAUGAAGAUGCGUCUAAAUUGGAUAUGGGAAUUGGGCAUUUCGGUUGCUCGCACUAUAGAAGGAGAUGUAAGAUCAGAGCACCCUGUUGUGAUGAGAUAUUUGAUUGCAGGCAUUGCCAUAACGAAUUAAAGAACUCUAUGGAAGCGAAUCCCCUUGAUCGUCAUGACGUCCCUCGCCGCGAAUUGAAAAGGGUCAUAUGUUCCUUGUGUGGCACUGAACAAGAUGUUCAACAGCACUGCAUCCAGUGCGGGGUUUGCAUGGGGAAAUACUUUUGCUCCAAAUGCAACUUCUUUGAUGACGAUGUUUCUAAGCGGCAGUACCAUUGUGAUGAAUGUGGAAUCUGCAGAACUGGAGGGGAGGAGAAUUUCUUCCACUGUAAUAGAUGUGGAUGUUGCUAUUCAAUCUUAUUGAAGGAUUCACACAAUUGUGUGGAAAGAGCAAUGCAUCACAAUUGCCCUGUUUGCUUUGAGUUUCUAUUUGAUACAACGAAAGACAUUACUGUCUUACCUUGUGGACACACGAUUCAUUUGGAAUGUGUUAAAGAGAUGGAGCGGCAUUUCCAGUAUGCGUGUCCUGUUUGCUCAAAAUCAUAUUGUGAUAUGUCUCGUGUGUGGGAAAAACUAGAUCAAGAGGUUGCUUCAACACCUAUGCCUCAAAUGUAUCAAAAUAAGAUGGUUUGGAUUCUUUGCAAUGACUGUGGGGAAACAUCAGAAGUGAUUUUCCAUAUUGUAGCACAGAAGUGUCUAAGAUGCAAUUCAUACAAUACAAGACAGACACGAGGAGGUCCCACAUCUUGCACAUCAGGGUUUUCAGAGAUGGUGAGAUGAGUAGCUUCUGAUUAACAUUUAGUUCUUGAAGGCUCUGUUACAAUAAAAAAAAAAUGUCAUGAAAUAAGGAGAUUUCACUGUAGUCCAUGGAAGAGGAGCUGGAGUUUUAUUCUCCAGUCAAUCCAAAUUAUUCAUCUGUGUGUUACCUUGAGAAUCGUAAGCAUUGUAGUUUUUUUUUUUUUAACUGAGUAAGCAUUGUAGUUCAUUAGAUGAGGUUGAUCAAGUUUCUAGGGUAACCACUUUUUACCCGAACGUUGGAUAGUUGCCUUAUCUGAAUAGGCAAAUAUCCUCUGUUCAGAUAAGGCUUUGCUGAAAUGGGAAUGUGGCAAGUGAUGAUGUGUUUUGUCAUAUAGAGAAGGAUUGAUGUGAGGGAUAAUUUGCUAGGACAGUUGAAAGAUACAUCAGAUAUGCUGAUAAAGCCUGAUAUAUGGAAUCUUCUUUGCAAAAGGUGGAGGGAGAGAGAGAGAGAAUUGACGAUGGGAAAGGAAACAUAUAUCCAUGGAUUGGAGUGUACUGGGCCUCUUAUCCCUCUUUAUGAUGUCACUACAGUUAUGUAAAGAACUUGAAUACAUUGUUUCUUGGAUAGAAUCAAGUUCUUGGAAAUUUCAAUGAGAAAUAAAAAGAUGUUUACUUUAAAAUGAGGAUUAUUUUU